AAACCUUCUCUAAUUUACAUUCUUUUCUUUUUUUUUCAUCUCUCUCCUCCUUUCUCUCUCUUUCAACAUCUCUGAUGAGCGCCCAAUAAACCCUAAUUUCGGUUUUUUUUUUUCUCUCUCUCUCUCUCACUCCUCAGAGAAAAUUUUGUAUAGAGGAAAAAUAAAAAUAUCGGAGGGGGAAUCUUACGGAUUGGGAUAUAUGUCCUACAAUCAAUCAAACAGGUCGGAGAAGAUUGAAACGACGCAGUAUAGGAAAACCGAUAGGCGAUCCUCCAGCUCCAAUCAGCAGCGGAGCUCCUCAGGCGCGUACGGUAAGGGCGGCGGUGGGCCCGCCCCUUCUCCGUCCUACAAUUCCUCCAACUCUCGCAGUUAUAAGAAGAGUAGCAAUAAUGCUCAGGGAGGGCAAUCUAGGGCACAUGUGCCUACUGCUAGUGUGAAUUCGCCGUCUACUACGUUGGACUCUAGUGCUACGACCAAUGCUGCUGCCGCGUCUACGCCACGGACUACUGCUGCUGCUGUUGUACAGAAUGGUUCCCAUGUACACCCCCAAUUACAUGGAGCAGCUGAUGCGCCGGUUACAAGCGCAGCUGCCAAGCCAGCUGAGCCACCAGCACCAGCAGCUGCUGUGCAGAGAAGCACCCGGCCUGUUCCGAAGGCUCCAACUUCUCAAUCUUCCGCCAUGAGCUCUGACCCGGCUGCAGCUCCCAAAACACCCGUAAAGGCCCCAGGAGAUGCUUCUAAGCCUUACCCAUUCCAGUUUGGGUCCAUAAGUCCUGGUUUCAUGAAUGGGAUGCAGGUUCCUGCCCGGACAAGCUCAGCACCCCCAAAUUUGGAUGAGCAGAAACGAGAUCAGGCACGUCAUGAUUCCUUUAGACCUCCCCCUCCAUUGCCAAUUCCUACUGCACCCAAGCAGCAGUUCCCGAGGAAGGAUGCAGUUGCUGCUGAAAAAUCUAAUACUGGGGAGGCUCAUUCAGUGCCAAAGGUUAAAAAGGAUGUGCAAGUCUCGCCUGCGCCACCUGCAAGUCAACCUCAGAAGCCUCCUGUACUUCCUCCUAUGGGUGGGAUGUCCAUGCCAAUGCAGUAUCACCAGCCACAGGUUUCUGUGCAAUUUGCUGGCCCUAACCAACAGCUUCAAUCCCAGGGUAUGACAGCCGCUCCACUUCAAAUGCAGUUGCCCAUGGGUUUAUCAAUGGCAAAUGCGCCACAAGUGCAACCGCCCGUGUUUCUCCAACCCCAUCCUAUGCAGCAGGGAAUCAUUCAUCAAGGCCAGUACACUGCUCAAAUGGGUCCUCAGUUGCCCCCUCAAUUAGGCAACAUGGGAAUGGGCAUGACCCCACCAUACCCCCAGCAGCAGGGAGGAAAAUUUGGUGGCCCCCGUAAAACUACUGUUAAGAUUACUCAUCCAGAUACACAUGAAGAGUUGAGGCUUGACAAACGAACUGAUUCUUAUUCAGAUGGUGGAUCAUCGGCUCCUAGGUCUCUCUCUAAUAUGCCUCCUCAAUCCCAGCCUAUUCCAUCAUUUGCACCUUCUCAUCCUCUUAACUUUUAUAAUCCCAAUUCUUUCAAUGCUGGUUCUAUGUUCUAUCCGCCUCAAAGUUCUGUUCCUUUAACAAGUAGCCAGUUAGCACCCAAUUCUCAAGCACCGAGAUUUAAUUAUCCAGUUGGCCAGAAUCCCCAAAACAUGGCGUACAUGAAUCCAUCACCUCUUAAUUCCCUACCUGUAAAUAAGACUGGGACCCCAAUGCAUGUCACUGCAGAUCUACCAAACUUGGAACAUUCUCGUGAUGUACAUAAUAUAAUCUCCUCUGCUCCACCAACAGUGAUACCAAUUACAGUAAAGCCAACUCCUGGUUCUCUCGGGGAAAAGGUUGCAGACUCAUUGCUGCCAAAAAGCUCACAUGGUGUUGAAAAGAGUGAACCUACUAAACAUGUGAGGCCAUCUGGGGAAGUCAGCUCAUCUCAUCCUCAAAGGGAAGUUACUGAAUCAUUGGCCUCCAAGUCGUUGCCAGUGGCUACUAAACAGUCUGUGGUAGUAUCUGCUGCAGUUUCUUCUGAGGGCCUUGUAUCGAAUCCAUCUUCUUCUGCUUCAGUUUCUCCAUCCGAGGAAUCUGUACCAGUUGUGCCCAUCAAUGAAGGCAGACGAAGGGAAACUCUUAGUAGGUCAAACUCUAUCAAAGAUUAUCAAAAGAAGAUAAGCAAGAAAGGACUUAUCCAAUCACAGCAUCAGGUUGGCAGUCAAUCUGCUUCAAUCUCAAGUUUGCCUUCUCAGGCCCUGGAGCAGGAUAUAUCUUCCGGCAGUGGAGUUUUUGGUACUGUAGAAGCUAAACCGACUGUUGCUACACCUACACCUGUAACUAGUGAAGGUGUUUCAUCAACCCAACAAUCACUGUCAAAUGUUAGUGGUGGUACUCCUGAUGCAUCUGAAUUAAAGUCUGACACUGUUGUAGAAGCCUCCUAUAGUGUUUCAUCUGAAAUUUUUGGUGCCAGGAUCAUUGUUGAUACGCUUGAAACUGUUCAUCAAGCUAAGCUAGACAAAUCCUCUUCACAAGAUGAGGAAUUGGUAAAUGAAACUGUAGGAAAAGAUGAACAAGGAGAAAACAGUUUACCUCCAGGGUCCACACAAGUUAUCAACAGUAGUGAGAUAUCUUCAGAACCUAUCUCUUUAAAAUCCUCAGAAUUUAAUAAAGAGGUAAAACAAUCUGGACAUGAUUCUGGUUUGAAGGUAGUAAGUGACAAGGUCUUAACCAUAGAGACUGCACAGAAGCGGCUGGAUGAACCCGUGAGCCAUCAUGCAGAAAUUGAUGGGACAACUGAUAAUUUAGAGAUAUUGAACUCCACUGAUUUGGGUUCUUCUGAUGUUGGAAGCUCUCAUGGUGAGAAGACCUCUACUGUAGAUGCCUCUUCAAGCAGAAGUGACAGCAUAGGUAGUAAUGAGAUUGGUACAAUGUCUGGUACAUCAGAUCAGCAGUCUGCUCCUAUUCCAGCCCCUGAUCUUAAGGAAGCAACUUCAAAACAUGAAGGGGAAGAUGCAGAGAUCAUUGGUGGUGGAUUGGCCCCUUUGCCAGCAUCAGGUGCUAAGGAUAAACCUAUCCUUGAUCAGAAUAAGGCAAAGGUUACUUCUAAAGCAACAAAGAAGAAGAGGAAAGAAAUUUGUCUGAAAGCUGAUGCUGCCGGGACAACCUCUGAUCUUUAUAAUGCUUACAAAGGCCCAGAGGAAAAGAAAGAAACUAUUUUGUCUACAGAUUAUACUGAGAGCAUUUCUACUUGUGUGAAUGAGAAGCAGGCACCUGCUGAUGCGGUUGAAGUAGAUGCUGUUGCUAGUGAAAAGGGUGGACUGAACAAAGCCGAGCCCGAUGAUUGGGAAGAUGCUGCUGACUUGUCUACUCCAAAAUUAGAAGUUUCAGAUGAUGGACAGCUAAUUCAUGGAGGACUGGUUCAUUAUGGCCAUGAUGGAGAUGGAAGUAUGGCCAAGAAGUAUUCCCGAGAUUUCCUCUUGAAAUUUUCUGAGCAAUGCUCUGAUCUCCCUGAGGAUUUUGAGAUUACAUCUGAUAUAGAGGCCUUGAUGAGUGCUAAUUUGAAUCUCUCUCAUCUUGUUGAACGUGAUUCAUACCCUAGUCCAGGUAGAAUUGUAGACAGGCCAAGUGGGGGAAAUCGAUUAGACCGUCGUGGUAGUAGUAAUAGUAUGGGUGAAGAGGAGAGGUGGGGUAGACUACCUGGUCAUUUUGCAAUUCGUGAUGUGCGUUUGGAUCCUGUUCCUGUUUAUGGAGGUAAUACAGGUUUUCGACCUGGCCCAGGAGGCAAUUAUGGUGUUCUCAGGAACCCACGUGGACAGGCACCUAUGCAGUACCCCGGAGGAAUCCUCUCUGGUCCCUCCAUGGGUUCUCAGGGUGGAAUGCCUAGAAACAGCCCUGAUGCUGACAGGUGGCUGCGUAAUGCCAAUAUUCAACAGAAGGGUUUAUUUCCUUCUCCUCAUACUCCAUUACAGAUGAUGCACAAAGCUGAGAGGAAGUAUGAAGUGGGUAAAGUGACGGAUGAGGAACAGGCAAAGCAAAGGCAGUUGAAAGCUAUUUUGAACAAGCUAACUCCUCAGAACUUUGAUAAACUUUUCGAACAAGUGAAAGCAGUAAACAUUGACAAUCCUGACACUCUAACUGGUGUCAUCUCACAGAUCUUUGACAAAGCUUUAAUGGAACCUACUUUCUGUGAAAUGUAUGCCAAUUUCUGUAGUCAUCUUUCCUUGGAAUUGCCUGAUUUCAGCAAAGACAAUGAAAAGAUAACUUUUAAGAGGGUGCUUUUGAAUAAGUGCCAGGAGGAAUUUGAGAGAGGGGAAAGAGAGCAAGAAGAAGCUAAUAAAGCUGAUGAAGAGGGUGAGAUCAAACAGUCUGCAGAGGAAAGAGAAGAAAAGAGAAUUAAGGCUCGAAGACGAAUGUUGGGUAACAUUAGAUUAAUUGGGGAGCUGUACAAGAAGAAAAUGUUGACUGAGCGAAUAAUGCAUGCAUGCAUCCAGAAGUUGCUGGGUCAGUAUGAUAAUCCUAAUCCUGAUGAAGAAGAUAUCGAAGCUUUGUGCAAAUUGAUGAGUACUAUUGGAGAGAUGAUCGACCAUUCCAAAGCCAAGGAGAAUAUGGAUGCAUAUUUUGAGAGAAUGAAGGCGUUCUCCAACAAUAUGAAUUUAUCUUCUAGGGUCAGGUUCAUGUUGAAGGAUUCAAUUGAUUUGAGAAAGAAUAAAUGGCAACAACGGAGGAAAGUUGAAGGGCCGAAAAAGAUUGAGGAAGUGCACCGAGAUGCUGCUCAAGAACGACAGGCACAAACUAGCAGGUUGGGGGGCCGAGGAAACAUCAACACUUCAACAAGAAGGACACCUAUGGAUUUUGGUUCAAGAGGGUCAACUAUGUUGUCUCCUUCAAGUGCGCAGAUGGGUGGUUUCCGUGGCCUGCCUAGUCAGGUUCGUGGAGUAGGUGGUCAAGAUGUUCGGUUUGAGGACAGAGUGCCUUAUGAGGCUAGGACCUUAUCUGUUCCCUUGCCUCAAAGACCUAUUGGUGAUGAUUCUAUUACUCUUGGACCUCAAGGUGGUCUUGCAAGAGGAAUGUCAAUUAGAGGACCACCAGCAAUGUCAAGUGCUCUUGCAGCUGAAAUAUCUCCUGGUGCUGCAGACCCCCGAAGAAUGGCAGUUGGCUUGAAUGGUUACAGUAUGGUGUCGGAGCGGACAACUUAUGGCCCAAGAGAGGAACUCGUUCCAAGAUUUUUUCCAGAUAGAUUUGCUGCCCCAGCAGCUUAUGACCAAUCAAGCCCUCAAGAGCGUAAUGUAAAUUUUGGUAACAGAGACCUAAAGAAUCCCGAUCGGAGUUUUGAUAGAUCAGUUGUCACUUCACCAACUCCACGCAUGGAGGGAGCCGCUGUUCCCCAAAAUGUUCCUUCAGAAAAGCUGCCUGAAGAACGCCUUAAAGAUAUGUCCAUUGCAGCAAUUAAAGAAUUUUACAGUGCCAGAGACGAGAAGGAAGUUGAAUUGUGCAUAAGAGACAUGAAUGCCCCAAGCUUCCAUCCAUCAAUGGUAUCUCUAUGGGUCACAGAUUCAUUUGAGAGGAAGGACAUGGAAAGGGAUGUUUUGACUAAGCUUCUAGUCAAUCUUACGAAGUCUCGUGAUGGUGUUCUGAAUCAAGCCCAGCUCAUCAAAGGGUUUGAAUCUGUUAUGACUAAUCUGGAGGAUGCCGUAAAUGAUGCCCCAAGAGCUCCAGAGUUUCUUGGUCAUCUCUUUGCGAAAGUCAUUACAGAAAAUGUGGUCCCUUUGAGUGAGAUCGGGCGGCUAAUAUACCAAGGAGGAGAGGAGCCAGGUUAUUUGCUAGAAUACGGGCUUGCAGCAGAUGUUCUUGGAAGCACCUUGGAGGUAAUAAAAUCAGAGAAAGGAGAUUCUGUCUUAAAUGAACUCCGCAAAAACUCCAAUUUGCGCAUAGAGGAUUUUCGACCUCCGAAUCCUAACAACAGUUCAAGGAAAUUAGAUAAAUUUAUUUAGAGGAUAGUGAUGCUCGUUGUAUCUUUUAAGGAAAGGAAAAAAAAAUGAAAGAGGAAUUAUUCUCUAGUGCUUUAGGGUACUUAGUAAUAUCCAAGAAAUAUUUUUCUGUGGGUGGGUGGGGAUUAUAUAUUCGGUUUCUUUGUCCAUGUCUUAAUAUUAUUCUUGAAAUGUUAACUGCAAUUAUGAAAGGUUCAAUUGAGCAUCAGAAUUUUAAGUUUCCAACUUUUAUUUUA